UCUUCUUCUCUUUCUCCUUUCUGAUUAUUAUGUAAAAAUACAGAGAAGAAAUAAAAGAUUUUUGGCCUAAAAGAGUGUAAGAAAAUGGCUCUGGGGAGCUUAUUGAGUGUUGUUGUUAUCCACAUUUGCCUGCUCGUGAGCUUCUCCUUCGCUGCGGAUCCUUACGUUUUCUACAACUUUGAGGUCUCUUACAUUACCGCUUCUCCUCUCGGUGUUCCUCAGCAGGUUAUUGCCAUUAAUGGAAAGUUUCCAGGUCCUACCAUUAACGCGACUACAAACAACAAUGUCGUUGUCAAUGUUCGGAACAAACUGGACGAGAGUCUUCUCAUUACUUGGGCUGGAAUUCAACAGCGGCGCAGUUCAUGGCAAGAUGGUGUUUUGGGCACCAAUUGCCCAAUUCCACCAAAGUGGAACUGGACAUAUAACUUUCAGGUCAAGGAUCAGAUAGGUAGCUUCUUCUACUUCCCUUCUCUCCACUUUCAAAGAGCAUCCGGUGGGUUCGGCGGCUUCAUUAUUAACAACCGUGCUAUAAUUCCAAUUCCUUUUGACACCCCUGAUGGGGAUAUAACCAUUAUGAUCGGUGAUUGGUACACAAGAAACCACACGGCUUUGAGGAAAACCCUUGAUGCAGGAAAAGAUCUAGGGAUGCCAGAUGGAGUUCUCAUUAAUGGCAAAGGCCCUUACAGAUAUAAUGAUACGCUCGUCCCAGAAGGCAUUGAUUAUGAAACAUUUAAUGUCGAACCAGGAAAAACUUACCGCAUACGCGUCCACAAUGUUGGAAUCUCGACUAGUCUAAAUUUCAGGAUCCAAAACCACAAUCUGCUUCUAGCUGAGUCGGAGGGUUCAUACACAGUCCAGCAGAACUAUACUAGUUUAGAUAUUCAUGUCGGGCAAUCGUACUCAUUUUUGCUGACGACGGAUCAAAAUGCAAGUUCUGACUACUACAUAGUGGCAAGUGCUAGGUUUGUAAACGAAUCGCGAUGGAAAAGAGUAACUGGUGUUGCCAUCUUGCACUAUUCAAAUUCCAAAGGCAAGGUACAUGGUCCCCUGCCGGAGGGACCAAAUGAUGAAUUUGACAAAACAUUCUCAAUGAACCAGGCAAGAUCUAUCAGAUGGAAUGUAUCAGCCAGCGGUGCUCGCCCCAAUCCACAGGGAUCUUUUAGAUACGGCUCAAUCAACGUGACCAACAUUUAUGUGUUGAAAAACAAACCGCCAGUGGAGAUUAAUGGGAAACGGAGAGCAACUCUUAAUGGAAUCUCAUUUGUCAAUCCUUCCACACCCAUUAGGCUUGCUGACUGGUUCAAGGUGAAAGGCGGGUACAAGCUUGACUUUCCAAACAGGCCACUCACAGGAGCGCCUAAGUUGGAAACAUCAGUCAUUAACGGAACAUACAGGGGAUUUAUGGAAAUCAUACUGCAGAACAAUGAGACCAAGAUGCAGACCUAUCACCUGGAUGGAUACGCAUUUUUUGUUGUGGGAAUGGAUUAUGGUGAAUGGACAGAAAACAGUAGAGGCACAUAUAAUAAAUGGGAUGGAAUAGCCCGCACCUCAGCACAGGUCUAUCCUGGAGCGUGGACAGCAAUUUUGGUGUCUCUUGACAAUGUUGGUAUCUGGAACCUGAGAACUGAGAAUCUUGACUCAUGGUAUCUUGGCCAAGAAACAUAUAUCAAGGUUGUCAAUCCGGAAGCUACUAACAAAACCGAGCUGCCCAUACCGGAUAAUGCCCUCUUCUGUGGCGCUCUCAACAAAUUGCAAAAGCCACAAGAUAUCUCUUUUGCAACAUCAAUCAGCGGCAACGCAUCAAACUUGUUCUUCACGUUGCUGAUGACCAUCUUUGCUGCAAUUCCCAUUUUCCGCUAAAGCCGUUUCUUCCAGAGUUUUUCCGUGAUUAUCCCGAUCGGUCAUGGUGGCUUCUUUAGUGAGGUUUGUGAUUUGGUGUGUUGUUUUAGGCUUGUAAGUUUUUAGUAGUCUUGUUGAUAAUGAAUCUUUCGGUGAUUUUGACUAGCGUUUUUCUCCCUUAGAUCUUCUUCCCCCGUGUAUUUCCUUGUUUUAAUUUAAUUUAUUGGGGAUGUUGUUAUCAUUCUUUUAAUAACUAUCAUUUAUGUAUUAAUAACGAUACAACCAAUUAAUUCAAACCAACUUCUUGCCUUGGCU